CAAAAAAUUUCCCAAUGAUCUAGUGCCAAGUCAUCGCAAAAAUUUUUAUUUUAUAAACGUUUUCGUUUAAGAUUUCUAACAGAUGCGGCGUGCUGCAGGUAAAUCUUUUGAACUUAGUUAUAAAAAGGAUACUUGAUUUAUUUAUAUACAUGGGGGUGAUGGGGCAACUUUUAAAAAGGUUUGAAGAUCAGAUCAAUAGACCCCUUGCCGUGGUUUAUAUACGUUUUCCUGGACAAAAAGUUCUGAUAACACCUAAUCGUACCGUUAAGAUGGAGAAUAUAUUCUAUUUUGUAAUCAGAUUUCUGCCAAUCAGCAAAAUGUAAACAGGCAAGGGGUCUAUUGUGGUAUACAAUAGUUGCCAGAAGCCAUAUUUACCCCCUGAAGAUUUUCUGUAAUAGGUUUCUCUGAGGUUGGCAACCUCAGGGUGACGUCAUGCUGACCCUAAUCCACAACGAAUGCCUGUGAGGUGGCCAACCCCGAUUAGAAGCCCCCGCAGAUCAUAGUGUUAUAAAUUGGACCCCUGGACUUUUCUACAUGCCCAACUACAUGAUACAACAAGUUGUAUAUGAUUGUUGUCCUAGCAUAUGUACUUAAAUAAAUGUGUGUAAAGAUGUCAUGUUUCAAAUUUCACCUUAAACUGAUGAACAGGAAUAGUGGCAUCAGCAGUCGUUUUCAUACGCCAGAAUAACAAUUGUAUACAACUAGUUGUAUCAUGUAAAUGGUUCUGAAAAGAUACACUUCGUAAUAUAUAUAUAUAUAUAUAUUGUAUAGUCUUGUGUUCACAAUAAAGCCCCGGGCCAUAUGAGUUACCUUUGACAAGUUCGACAAUAAUCUCUUUAACAUCAUCCAGCAUGCAGAUACUAAAAUAAGCAGUCAAAACGUCUAUUUGGGGUUUGAAUAAUGUUUUUGUGAAGCCGCAGGACCACCAAGUUAAAAACAUAGAUAUUCGUCUUUUUAAUGCCAAGGUGCAGGCCAGGACACCGGGUAUGGAGCUCCCCAGCAGAAACACAUGCUUGAAGAGGAGAACGACAGGAUGGUUGACGAUUUGUCAAACAAAGUACAAGCUUUAAAAUCUGUAAGUUCAAGAAUACAUGCGUCCAGAAAGAAUGCCACCUUGGCUAUAGAGCCUUGCUUUUGUGAUAGAGAUGUGUACUUUAACUGAUGUCACAUUCACAAAAUCAAGGCUGUAUAGCAAAGGUGACAUACUCUCCAAAAGUUGUCAUGAAAGUUACCAUUUACCUACCCUUUAUAUUUCUGGCUUGCAUUUUUCCCAACAGAUUUCUGACCUAUAUUUACCUGACAUUUUUCUCUCGUAAGUUAACCAUAGAUAUUGGUAAUGAAGUCAGGACACAAAAUAAGAUGCUGAAAGGAAUGGUAAGUCAGCCUUAGUUAGAAAUUUGUUCAAAUUGAUAAUUUGCAUCUGACAAUAUUAAAACUGUUGCAGAUGAAAGCAUUUUUUUUUUAUUCUUGUAUGAAACUUUCAACAGUUGUUACAUUAGCAUUUAGCUCUUCAACUUGUUGUCUUGUUAUACACGAUUGACUAGUCAGAACAGAAUUCGAACCUAGCUGUCAAAUGUGCUGAUGAAAUGAGUGAGCACAGGUUCUGUUUUUAUCUUCGAUUGUUCAUCGCUUAAUCUCAAAACUCAAAUUUAUUUUCGUAGGAUGAUGAUUUCGACAAGUCAGGAACAUUUCUUAGUGCAACAAUGGGUCGAUUGACAGCAUUAACAAAGAAAGGACAUCAUUGGGUCAUGUGUUACCUACUACUAUUCUGUCUAUUUGUAUUCUUUGCAGUGUAUUAUUUAAAAAGAUAGCAUAGAUAGUCAAUAAAAAUAUAUCAACUGUUGUUUAUUACUGAAAGAAUAUACAAUACAGUACAUUAAGAUUCUAAAUAUUUUCAUCACAUUUUAAUUUCGGCUAAAAACUCAUUGUAAAUACCAUUCUGUUAAUAUGAAUAUAAAUUAUGAGACAAUGAAAUGUAUUUUCUACAAAUAUUACAGUAGAUUAAAUUGUUUGGUAUUUAAAUUUUCAUGUUUUGAAAAUUCAUUUUAGCCCAAUGAGGUUGAGGGCUUUACUAAUUAUUACAGUAUAAAUGUCCAAAUCAAUUAAAUUUGUAUUGGAAUUGAAAUGUACUGGUUUAAUAUAAAGAGAACAGAUUUUAUCAAAAAGGACAAAAAGUUUCCUGCAUUAUAUUGUAGUAAUUAAACAACUCUAAUUUUUUCCCCAUUUUUGUAAAUACUGUAUUUGGACGAAAUGAAAUACAAAAUUUUAAAAUGGCA